AUGACUUCCCUGGGCUCCCAGCUCUGCAGGGCAGCAUUCCUGGCAUCCAUCCUGCUGCUGCUGUGGGUCAAGGGGGUGACGCCUCAGAAAGGGAGCCCAGGCCUGGACGAGAAGAGUCAGAAAGAGAAAACACCCUCUACAGACCAAGAUGGAGAACAGUUUGCAGAGCACUUUGUGGCCUCCUCGGUGGGCGAGCUGUGGCAGGCAGUGGACAUGACCCAGCAAGAGGACGAGCAGAUGUCAGAGGCGGUGGCAAGCCGUGGCCACCUGUUCGACCUCGCCUUCUGCUUGAACCUGGCCGGCACCGUGGUUUUCCUAUGAGGGACCUGGAGGCGGAGGCGGUGGCCUGAUUCCUGGAUGAGGACCUGGACAUCUGCCUCCGCUUCACGACAGAUAAGCCCCGAUGCGCGGACCUCCCCGGAAUCGUGGAAAACCAGCGCCAUGACACCAGUGCCUGCGUGG